CCUAUUGGUCUCCAUUCCCUCAUGAAUAUAAACCUCAAAGUGGCUGAUCUCUUUAACCGUUUCACUGGAGAGUGGGAUGUCACUCUUUUACGGGCUUUGUUUCACCAGUCUGAGAUAAGUCACAUUACAGUUAUGAAGCCUAGGAUGGGUUUUCCGGAUGCAUAUUGUUGGGGGGAAACAAAAAAUGGUAUUUACUCAGUUAAAUAUGGCUAUGACUUGAUGUAUCGACAGAUACACAAAAUUAGAUUACACGAAGAACAAGCCUUGCCAUGGAGAAAUCCAGUCUUUCAAGAUGUGUGGAAUGUCAAAAACAGUGCCUAAAAUUAAAUUCUUUCUAUGGAAAGUUCUUCGAGGUGCUUUGUCUGUCUAUGACAGAUUAAGAUCACAAGGACUCAGAGUUUUUGAUGGUUGUAUGUUUUGCAAUGAGGACUGUGAAUCAAUUAACCACAUUUUGUUUCUCUGUCCUUUUGCAAGACAGGUAUGGGCAUUAUCUAAUGUGCCAUCUCCUUUGCUGGGUUUUGGAGAUGCAAUUUUUGACAAUUUGCAUUAUCUUCUCAGCUUAAAGCAAUGUGUUUCACCUCCUGAUGAGAUAAAGUCGACCUUUGCUUGGAUCAUGUGGUAUUUAUAGAAAAACAGGAACUCCUUCCUCUUUAAUGGCUAUCAUCACGAAUCUGAUCUUUUACUUCAUAAAGCUGCGGAAGCAGCAAACGAUUGGAAUUUAGCACAGUUGCUACACCUGAAUGCCAUCCCGACCUCACCUCUGCAGGCAUCAACUUGGCAACCUCCUCUCCAUAAUGAGUUAAAAUGCAAUGUAGGCUUCUCUUGGCACAAAAGAUUGGCACUCUCUGGUGCUUCUUGGGUUGUACGUGACUCCUUUGGGAAUGUUCUCUUACACAGUCGAAGAUCUUUUGCUCAAGUAAGCUCUGUUUUUAACGCUAAGAUUAAAAGUUGGGAAUGGACAAUGGAAAGUAUGAGCAGUAUGCAUUUGGAGCAUGUCACUUUUGCUGCUACGACUUUGGAUAUUAUCAAGGCAUUGCACAGUCCGCUUCAAUGGCCAUCGAUUGCAAGUUUUAUCUAUCCUCUACUGAUCUCAGCCAGCGGCAAACCUAAUUGGUUUCUUCUCUUUGAACCAAAAAAUUGCAAUUCUGGAGCCAUGUUGAUUGCAGAUAGUGUGACGAUUGACAUCAGAUUGACUUCUUAUGUUGCCCGAGGAUAUCCAAUAUGGUUAAAAGAUUUCUUUGAGCUGGAAAAGAGGCUGAGUUUUGUUCCAUACAAUCAUGGGUAGGUUUUUUGUUUUUUUCCUCCUCCAACUUGUUUAUUCUUAUUAUUAAAGCUGCAUAGGUAAUAUCUUUUAAGUUUUCUAAUAUUGGAUCACCACCAAGUCUUUUCUGGGUUUUUGCGGUGAACAUGCUCUAUGAUCAUCGUCCUCCUUCUGUUUGUUUCUACUCAGGUGUUUUUUAAUCCUUUUCAAAAUAUCUUACUUCUCCUCUCUAUACAGUUUCUUCGUUUCCUAUCUUAGUUUCAAAGUAACCUUAUAUAAAUUACUAUAUUUUUUGCUAAACGGCAAAGCUUGAUGAUCAGUUAUACGGUGAUUAUUCCUUUAUGCACUGUAGUUCUUGGUUUGCUCCCCUCUUGCGUCAUCUUUGACUUUCUGCCUUUUAUGAAAGACAAACCUUACUUCUUUCUUACCUAUAUUAAUCCUCCGCUCUCUUCUUUUCACCUUUGUUUCUUUUCUUUUCCUUUUGAUCACCCUCUUUUUCCUAUCAUGGCUCAUGAAUAAUAGGAUGAUCUCCAAUACAUGGUCUUGGGUAGGGAUGACCCUGAACUGUUCAUACCUCAUACUGCUUAUGAUAGAGUUUUGGCUAGGAACAAACUAAGCCUGAUUGGGAAACCCCUGAACCCGAGAGACCAACCACUGAGGCGUGUGAUUCAGGAAUUACCUCGUCUAUGGGGUUUAUCAUCGAGAGUUCAUGGCCGUAUUCUGGAUGAAAGCUUUGUUCAGUUUCGUUUCCACCAAGAAGCAGAUUUGGUCUCUGUGUUGCGUGAACAACCUUGGCUGUUUAAUGAUUGGUUUGUGGUGCUCCAACGAUGGGAAGACUUCCCAAGCGAGAACUUUCUCACUUUUAUCGACCUUUGGGUUCAGUUAAGAGGAAUUCAUUUGCCUUAUGUUUCUGAAAGGACUGUCAGCUUCAUAGCUAACACUUUAGGAGAUGUUGUUGAACUCGGCUUCAACGAAGACACUACAGACCAGAUUGCUUUUCUGCGGGUUAAAGUAAGGAUUAUCUUUACAGAUAGAAUCCGUUUCUUCAAACGAGUUCGCUUUCAAUCUGGUGAACGAGCAAUUAUUGGCUUCGAGUAUGAAAAACUGGAAAAAAUCUGCAGUAACUGCAGUCGAAUAAAUCAUCACGCCAGUCACUGUCCCUUUCCAGUUCCUCCUUUUAACCAUGCAGAUGAUUUGGAUGAGCUUUUAGUUCCUGUAUGGGAGGAAGGUCAAAACUCCAAUAACCAUAGUCGUGAAGCGGAGGAUCAUCGGUCUGAGAGUUCUGACAUUUCCUCAUCCUCGCCUAUCUCUCAACCGCCUAGACCCCACUCUCCUAUGCACAAUGAAGCAGGCAUCGCCUUUGUGGAACCUAUACGCAACUUGUUUGACACCAAGGAGUCCAUGAGAUCCAACUCAGUAAAAGUUGCUCAUGCUCAACCCGGCUUCGUGGUUGGGGAGAGUUCCAAAAGGAAAAAAAGGAAAAGAAAUAGAUACAAGGGAAGAAAGGAACACUCGUCAUCGUAGUAAGGCUCCUGGACUCAAGUUUUACUCGGUCACUUCCGACCCUCCUUGAUUGUCUUUGCCCUGGUGAUAGAUUUCAGAGAUAGCUGGUUGGUCUCUGAAAAGUUCUUGGUUUGUUUAAAGUUCCCUUUAGGUGUUUACAAUCCUCAGAAUAAUGGCUUUGUACAGUUGUAGUUGUGUUAUAUUUUUUGGUGAUAGCUAUGUUUGGAAGAUAGAAGACAUAAAAGAGAAGUAUGCUGAUCUUCCUUUGACUACUUUUGGCGCUUCUCGGCUACCAAUUCUCUGAAGGAUACAGCUGAUGUGUAAGAACCUUUCAUAACCCAAGCAUAUGAUGUAAGCUCUAAGAUCAACUACAGUCUCAGAUUGGAAGUGUGAUCUUAUUGAGAGAGUUAUGAGGUCUCACUGUUUCUUACCAUUUUGUAUCGGUUUGCAUUAGUAGCUGAAUAGGUUGUUUCUAAUCUUGUAUCUUAAAGUCUACUGUUUUAA